CUGCGCGGCGGGGUUCUCGGUCGCCAGCCAUUCCUGGGGAGGACUGUCGGUCGGUCGGUCGUCUCGCCUGUCGCUGGAGGAGAGGUCCCGACCCUCCGGGAGGGCGGCUACGGCGGUAAAAUGAAGAUAUUCGUGGGCAACGUCGACGGGGCGGAUACGACGCCGGAGGAGCUAGCCGCCCUCUUCGCGCCCUACGGCACGGUCAUGAGCUGCGCCGUCAUGAAACAGUUCGCCUUCGUGCACAUGCGCGAGGCCCCGGGCGCCCUGCGCGCCAUCGAGGCCCUGCACGGCCACGAGCUGCGGCCGGGGCGCGCGCUCGUGGUGGAGAUGUCGCGCCCACGGCCUCUAAACACUUGGAAGAUUUUCGUGGGUAAUGUGUCGGCUGCGUGCACAAGCCAGGAACUGCGCAGCCUCUUCGAGCGCCGCGGACGCGUCAUCGAGUGUGACGUGGUGAAAGACUACGCGUUUGUUCACAUGGAGAAUGAAGCAGAUGCCAAAGCCGCCAUCGCGCAGCUCAACGGCAAAGAAGUGAAGGGCAAGCGCAUCAACGUGGAACUCUCAACCAAGGGUCAGAAGAAGGGGCCUGGCCUGGCUAUCCAGUCUGGGGACAAGACCAAGAAACCAGGGGCUGGGGAUACGGCAUUCCCUGGAACUGGUGGCUUCUCUGCCACCUUCGACUACCAGCAGGCUUUUGGCAACAGCACUGGUGGCUUUGAUGGGCAAGCCCGUCAGCCCACGCCACCCUUCUUUGGUCGCGACCGCAGCCCCCUGCGCCGUUCACCACCCCGAGCCUCUUAUGUGGCUCCUCUGACGGCCCAACCAGCCACUUACCGGGCCCAGCCCUCAGUGUCGCUGGGAGCUGCCUACAGGGCUCAGCCUUCUGCCUCUUUGGGUGUUGGCUAUCGGACUCAGCCCAUGACAGCCCAGGCAGCCUCUUACCGUGCUCAGCCCUCUGUCUCCCUCGGGGCCCCGUAUAGGGGCCAGCUGGCUAGCCCUGGCUCCCAGUCUGCUGCAGCAUCCUCGCUCGGCCCUUAUGGUGGAGCUCAGGCCUCGGCCUCUGCCCUCUCCUCCUAUGGGGGUCAGCCAGCCGCGGCCUCCUCACUCAACUCCUAUGGGGCUCAGGGCUCCUCCCUGGCCUCCUAUGGUAACCAGCCAUCCUCUUACGGCGCCCAGGCUGCUUCUUCCUACGGGGUUCGGGCGGCUGCCUCCUCCUACAACACCCAGGGAGCAGCUUCCUCCCUAGGUUCCUAUGGGGCCCAGGCAGCCUCCUAUGGGGCCCAGUCUGCCGCCUCCUCGCUGGCUUACGGGGCUCAGGCAGCUUCUUACAAUGCCCAGCCCUCAGCCUCUUACAAUGCCCAGUCUGCCCCGUAUGCUGCACAACAGGCUGCUUCUUACUCUUCCCAGCCUGCUGCCUAUGUGGCACAGCCUGCCACAGCUGCUGCCUAUGCCGGCCAGCCAGCUGCCUACGCUGCUCAAGCCACUACCCCGAUGACUGGCUCCUAUGGGGCCCAGCCGGUUGUCCAGACCCAGCUGAAUAGUUAUGGGGCUCAAGCAUCAAUGGGUCUGUCAGGCUCUUACGGGGCUCAGUCGGCUGCUGCGGCCACUGGCUCCUACGGUGCCGCGGCUGCCUACGGGGCCCAGCCUUCCGCCGCCCUGGCAGCUCCGUACCGCACUCAGUCAUCUGCCUCGUUGGCUGCUUCCUAUGCUGCCCAGCAGCAUCCCCAGGCUGCUGCCUCCUACCGUGGUCAGCCAGGCAGUGCCUACGACGGGGCAGGUCAGCCGUCUGCAGCCUACCUGUCCAUGUCCCAGGGGGCCGUUGCCAACGCCAACAGCACCCCGCCGCCCUAUGAGCGUACCCGCCUCUCCCCACCCCGGGCCAGCUACGACGAUCCCUACAAAAAGGCUGUCGCCAUGUCGAAAAGGUAUGGUUCCGACCGGCGUUUAGCCGAGCUCUCUGAUUACCGCCGUUUAUCAGAGUCGCAGCUUUCGUUCCGCCGCUCGCCGACAAAGUCCUCGCUGGAUUACCGUCGCCUGCCCGAUGCCCAUUCCGAUUACGCACGCUAUUCGGGCUCCUAUAAUGAUUACCUGCGGGCAGCUCAGAUGCACUCUGGCUACCAGCGCCGCAUGUAGGGCCAUCCUCGGGGUGGGGGACCACAGGGAGGACAGAAGAGGUGGGGUAGGGUACAGAUCCAGCUUAUAAUCACUCUGGCCCAUAUCUCUCCCGUUUGCGGUUUUUCAUCCCCUCUACCAUGUGGGCCUUCCCCAGGAGAUUUGAUCCUUUUGGGUGUUCGGCAGUAACCUACUUUGUUCCUUCGCCUCAGCAGCAAAUCUUGCCACUGGCUCUAGAUCUGCGGUUUCCCCUUUCCCCUGCCUCCCAUUUCCCCAGAAUGGGAAUUUCUUUUAUGUUUUUAUUUUUUCCUGUUUCCCUUUUAUUUUUGUGCGCGAUAUUUAAGGUCUUAUGGAUGGGGAAGCAACCUGCAGUUGAGGUCGGCGGCGCCUUUUUCUUUUUAGAUGCAAGGGAGGCUAGGAAAGGGUUAGCUUAACCUUUUCCUGUGCGCCAUGCUGUGCCAGCAGUCCAGGGGCCCUGAGUUUGUCCCUCUGUAGACUGUGUGAGGCUGGGUUCCUGUUGGGGCAGUCAUUUGGUUUAUGUCCAAGUCCCCACUGACCACUGAUGUUCUAGCUGAUGUUGAGCGGCACAGUCCCACUUCCCCAUCUCCCCAAGUAGGUGGUGUUAGAAAACCUUAAUUUUUUUUCCCUUUUGUAUGGACUACAAAUAAAACUUGGGGCAAUUUGCAGUUUGGAAACCUGGUUGUCAUUGUCUUGAUUGCACUCAGUUUCAGAGGAGCCAGUUAUGACAUCCAGGAAGACAUGACAGCUAAAGGGAGGGCGACCAGAGAGCCCAGGGUGGGUGAGGAAAGAGGGUUGAAUGGGGAAUUAGAGUUGAUUUAUUUCCUGCCCAGAGGGAUUUUAUUCGUCGUCAUCCUAGCCUGUCAUCUUUAGGACUGAGGAGUCCAGAUCACAUUGUGUGGACUUUUUGGUCCUCAGAUUGAAAUAAUCACACCAAAAGGCCACAAAUUUAUUGCCCAUUUUCCUCUGCCUGUGCUCGACCAUUUUUCCUGACUUUUCUCCAGCUAAACAACCUGUGCUUCCAGCAGGGUGAUUCUGGGGUUUGGCUUUUCAAGUGAGGCAGCCAGCAGUGGGGAAUGGGCUGCUUGUAUGUUCACAAGGGCUGGUGGAUCCUGCUGGCAGUGGGCUCAAGUGAGUGGUGGGGCUGGGACCCGAAGAGGAGCCGGUAGUGGGGUGGGGGUGACGCCAGCGUCCACUGCCUGUGGUUGGAUGAAGGAGGGGCGGGGACGAUUGGAAGCAGGUAUGGGGAUUCUGGCCAUAGACCUGAUGUUUCGCUUGUUGAACUUCACCGUGGAGCGUCUGUCCUGCGUCCUGUGAACCCCUGCCAUCACAGUCACCUGAAAUUCCUCUCCCUGUCCCCAUUUGUUAGGGUGUUCAGAUGUCUUCUUGCUGGGUUUAUAUUUGAAGAUGUCAUGAUAAACUCUGGGAAGGGAGUGGGAUAUAAACAUAGCCAAUUAGGGAUGCUGGGGCUGGGUGAGCAGUUGAUUCUUCCUGUGCUUUUAUUCCAGGUCUGGGGGUUGAGAAGACCUGGGGGAAAAAUACAGUAGUUCCAGCUGGGAUGGGCCAGAGGCUUGUGCUUAAUGAUGGGUGAAUGGAAGAAAACUGGUGUGGUGGUUGGGUGGGGUGAUAACAGGAAAACUUGUCGAGUGUUCCUUUGGAAAAAGUGGGUUUUGAGGCUUGAUUUGGGAGCUUGCUGGGGCAGGGUGGCUUUGGGGAUGUGUAUGUGAAUCAAGUGGAAUUUGAAAAAAAAGUGGUUUUUUCUCUGCCUUCUUCACUGGCUGCUUGUGAUGAACUUGCCUGUGUAAAAGUAGUUGUCCCCAGAUGUUCUCUUAACCUCUGCCCAGUGGACAAAAAUACACUCUUUACAGCCAUGAGCUCUUGAAGAUGCUAACAGGGAAUCCCAGAGAGUAUUGGGGCCCUACCCCAAUACCCAGUACUUUCUUUCCUUGCUUCUCCUGCUCACUGCUUUGCCUUUAGAUAUUUUGCUGUUCCUUUUCAUUUCUUGACAAGAUGGGGGAAGGAUGGGAGGAGCAUUUAGAUAGGAUUCUUGUCACUUUUCUAUAGUGAGGGUGGGGUGAUCUGAGUGUCAAGCUUAGAAGUCUAGCUUUGGUUAUUAACCCUGGAAAACAAAGGGUUGAUUUUGGGGCUGUGACUGUGGCCUGUGUAUUUGUAAUACUUCUUUCUGUCAAUGUGGCUUUGUGUCAUCUUCCUUUCUCUCCAGUGAGGAUUCUGCUACUGUCCUAGUUCCACAACUCCUGUGAAAAACAGCUCACUGUACUCUCCGGGCCAGUGUUGAUGUCCUUUAUUGCAGCCCAAGCCUUUCAGAGUGACCUGGCCUGGAAGAUCACUCUAAUUGCCUGUCAUUUGUAGGUCCUGAUGCCCUGGCUGCCUCAGCCCUCAGGCUUCUUGUUUAAGCCAGAACGAGCACCAAGCUAAAUCAGUUGUCAUUUUCCUCUUUUGCAGAUUAAAAAUCUCCCUCCCGUCUUUAAACUUAAGUUAAUGCCAUCUGUGUUGAUCUAGCCCAUUCCUCCUUUGCUUUUCUUGGAUUUCUGACUUCCCAAGUCCUAUAACUUGGGGAAGGUUGGGUUGUGUGAAUUGGAGGACAGAUAUUUAAUGUUUGUGGGGGGGAAAGGGGAUGGGGAAUAAGGAGUCUUAGUGUACCUCCAGACCACCACAGCUUCUACACCUUUCACCUCUGCCUCUUAGCCUUCAUGUGGAGUUUUAGAUGGUUUGUUGCUGGAACAAGACCACAGAGAGACUUCUAGUCUCGUCAACCUGCCCUCUUCAGAGGUUUGGACCUUGUUUCAAAUUCUGUCUGGGGCCCCAUCCCUUCUGUCUUGGGGCCCCAUCCCUUGAUGUCAGCAAGGGGUCAGCCUCUUUGGGUAGGGUGCCAUGCCCAUCAGUUAAGCUCUGCUAAGUCCGUGUACCCGUUACUGGUUUUCCAGGCAUUUUGUUCUACCAGCCCCAUCUAUCCAGCCAAGUAAGUGGACGGUAAUGUCAGAUUGGUGAGGUCAUAAUGAAAAUAGAUUUCCUAGAUUCCUGGAAUAGUAUUGCAAGACAGGUGUGGGUAAUAGAGAAGAGAAGAUGGAUUGCAUAUGGGAAAUUUGUGUUCACCUAAAUUCUGUAGUACCAUUUAGGUCAUGAAGGGCCAGAAUCUAGUGUUCCAGAAAAAAAAGUUUUUAAAAUGAUUUCAGGUCUAGCUCUUAAAUCAUUUGAAAUACUGAGUGUUGGCAGUGCUCAGGUAGCUGAGCCUUUGGGUUGAUCUUGAGGAGUUUUCAGUCUGGGGAGGCAGAACCUACCUCAAUGAACCAGUUAUAGUUAAUAAACGUAUAUUACAAUUAGGAAAGUUGAGGUUAUAGGUUAAGUAACUUUUCUUAAGAUCACAAGCCUAGAAAAUGGUGAAACUAGGAAUUAGACCAGCUAUUCAAACAAUCCGGGGAUUUGUAAUCAUGCUAAGGUACUGUUGGGAGAAUCAAAUGGGAACUUGACAAAUAUAUGGAUGGAUGGAUGGAUGGAUGGAUGGAUAGAUAGAUAGUCAUUUUAUAGAUAGUCACUGUUCAUUAAAUGCUUACCAUUCCAUUAUUAGAAAGAGCACUGAGGAGGUUGGGGUGGCCAGAGGAGCACAAAUCGGGACUUUGGAUGUAGGUGUGAGUUCAGCACAUAAUGAAUAAUUUGAAGGUGGUGAAUUUUUGUAAUGACUGGCACUUAGGAAUGACUUGUAGGCCACUGGGCUAUACCACUUUUCGCUACCUCCAGUCUUGGGCAAAACUGUUGAGUGUCCAGGGAUCAGAUUCUUGUUGAUAUGGAAAAAGUUACUGUGUGGGUUAGGCAAUCUGUAAAGACAUUAAGAGGGAGGCUAAGAGGGUAUAUUUGGCUGCUUGGCAGGCCUAGUGAUUCCCUUUUGAACAUUCCUGGAGAAAUACUGGCUUUUAAUUGAGCCCUUAUCAGACCAGUAACUCAUUUCUGGACCAGGAGCCAAAGGUGGUAAUUCUAAGGACAACCCCUAAGGGUGUGAAACUAAUAUAUAUUGCUUAUUCAUGUGUAAGUAGUUUCCACUGACACCAGUGUUUAUCUCUAAAGUUGGAUUUAAAACAUCUUUCACCUUUCAGGAGUCAAGGCUUCAGGUUCUCUCAGUUAUGUAGGUAUGUUAUCCCCCUUUAAGAUCUACAGCCAGAAUAUAAAUUUAUGCAUGGUCCUUCCCGGCAAAACCUCAGCUUUCUGGAUGACUGGACAAGUCCCUUCAAACUCUUAGGGAUUUGGUAGUAUGCUCUCCAAAUUAAGACAUUGAAACGGCAUCUACAGUGUUCCAGAGAAGGUGCUUUUUAAACAUAUUCCAAUCUACCACAUUCUCUGUAGUUGGUGUGGAGAGUAAAGGUAGAGAAUUUGAGCCAGAUGUCUUUAAUUGGCCUUUCUAACUCUUGGUGUUUAAGGGGCGAACAUUAAACUCCUUUAGUACUGGUAAAAUACAAUUGGGUAAGUGAACAUUAGUGGGAGACACUCGAUAAUAAAUCUCUAAAGCUUCAUUUUGUCAGAUUUGCCAAGUUGGUGACCCUGGUGAUGAAAAAAGCUGUUUGCGUAGGUUACCCCUAAUUCUUGGGCAGCUGCAUUUCUGUUGAGGGAAACUGGAAAGUGAACUAGGUGGUAAUGAGUGUGAAGAGACUUGUUUUCAGUGUCCAGGUUCUUAAGCUGAUAUUGACUGACAAGUGAUUUACCUUCUUUUGGCUACAGGUAGUUAGCUCAUGCAUUCAUUCAUCCAUUUGUUAACUUAGUCAACAAAUGUUUGAAUGCCUGCCAUGUGCCAGGUGCAGUUCUAAUACUAGGGAUAUAAUAGUGAACAUGAACAUGUCCCUGCCUUGUAGGGAAAGUAUUUGCUGGGGGCAGUGGGGCAAGGAAAUGAAGAAACAAAAAGAAAUUCAAGUGGUGGUGGUAAGUAUUUGGAAAAAUGAAAUGGACUUUGUGGUAUAGAGUCCCAAGGGUUGGAGUGUGAGGGAUGUCUUGGGCGGUCAACAAAGGGCCUAGAGAAAGAACAUUCCAGUCCGAAUGAACCUGGGACCAAAAGGCCAGUGGCUGCAUAAUGGGAAGGGCGAGUAUUAAAUGGAUUGAGAGAUUGCAGCAAGAACCCAGGUAGGGUCUUAGGGUCCAGGAAGAGGUGUUUGGAUUUUUUUUUUUUUUUUUUAAUUACAGUGAAAAGCAGGGGGGGUGUGGUGGUGGUGACGACGACUGACGACAUGAUGUGGUUUACUCAGUUGGAUAAGCCUGCAAAGUGAAACAGCCAUAACUUGACCCAGUGGUCUUUCAGAAGGCAAAUCAAGUAACUAUACUUUUGGGGGGAAGGAGAGGACAGUUGUCUUGAUGUCUGCACAUUGACUUGAAACUGUGAUCCUGAUAAGGUUAUAUUCCCAGUCUCUCCCCUUUGGACCUGGAGAGAUUUCUCAGUUUCAUAGAAUGAGUUGACCUCAUAGGCUUUGGUAUUUUGAAAAAAAGUUUAUUUGCAGGGCUUUGGGGAUACAGAAUUCGAAGCAUCAGACCGAAAGGAGCUGAGGAUUUCAGUACCAGAUGUGUUUCCCUGUACAGGUUGAGUCGAGACCACCACCUAAUAGUGGCCCCCUCAGAAGGGCUGUGCCGCUGACUGUAACAUGGAAUUGGUUUUCUUCAUCACUGAUCCUGUGACUUUUACUGGGUCUCAGAGGUGCAUCAGAAUCCACAGUGAAAUGGACCAAGAUUAGUGAACACCACUUCUGUGAAUGUUGUAUUUUGACUUUUUUAGAUCCUCACCUUUUUCUGCCCUAGAAAAAGCUCUUGACCAGUUUUCUUCCACCAGAUUCCCGAAUCAUGUUGGGUUUCAAAACUCAGUGUUUUUUCCAGAACUCUGACAUCACUUUUCUUUUUAUCUCUUCUUGGGGAUGGGUGGGUGGGGUGCUUUGGAAGGUAGUAUGUUCUCCUGGCUGUCAUCGAUAUUCCUUUCGAUCAUUCUCAAACAGUUCACCGCUUUUAGCCUGCUUUGUUCAUGCUUUAAGUUCUACCCCGCACCCCUUGCCUUCAUAAUUCCCUCUUCAAAAGCUGCUUUGAAAAGGGUCUCCUUGACUUGAGUAAAAUUGCUUCCUCAAUGAAUACGUGAUUGUGUGAAGCCAAAGAAUGCGAAAGAAAUGUGAUGAGGGAGCCAGACCCUCUGGAGAAUGUUAAUUUGUAUUUUGUUUAUAGCUGACUGUGGCUUGGCUCUUCCCUCUGAGGUCGGUCCAGGGGUUUACAGCUCUUGCUGGUGGCGCCCAAUAAAGUAAAACAAAAAA